AUGGAGAACACUUCCAUCACUGGCCUCGAUGAGCUCGAGAAACACCUUGACGACCUGCUUCAGGACCCCGCGCUCGUCGUCAACGCAAAGCUGUUCGACGAUGUUGAGUUGCAGCUCACAGAAACCAACAUCCUUCCCCUUCUCCCGCGCUUUCUCCCCCGCCUCACCACCCUCCUCAAACAAUACACCCAGGACCCCACUGCCAUCGUCAACCUGACCAUCAGGUUCCUCGGCCCCGUCCCUUUCGAGCAUGUCUUCGCCAUGGCCAAGCCCGACGACCUGAUCCAGGCCCUGGACUCCCCCGCGCCCGCCGCCAACCUGCUCGGCAUGACCGUCCUCCACAAGGCCGCCGCCGACCCCGACCACCUCCCGCUGCUCUCCGCCUAUCCAGAGCUUGUCGCUGCCUUCCUCCGCCGCUGGCUUGCCGCGCCCCAGGUCGAAGUCGGCCAGAAAGGCGCCAAAGUCCUCGGCGAUCUCCUCGACAUCGACUCUCCCCUGCCUCCCCCGGCCCCUACCACCCGGCCGGUCGAUCUCUCCCACACCGACCUCACCCUGCGCAAGGCUCCCGGACACGGUGCCCUCUGGUCUCUUCUCUUCCAAGACAAAGAAACCUACACCCUCCUGCUGGACCUCAUCUCCGGCCGCCACCCUGAAACGGCCCCCAACUCCAGCCCCACCAACACCAACACCAACAGCGCCAACAACGUGCACCAACUGUCCCUCGCCCAAGGCCGCAUUCUUCGCCUGCUCCCCCGUCUCGCCGCCAUCGACCUGCAUGCCAUCAGCCACUCCCAAUUCACCCCGCCAACCCCUGUCUACGCCAACCAAACCAACGGCCACACCAACGGUCUCACCAACGGUGACACCCCUCGCAUCGCCAACACCAACACCAACACCGACCCCAACACCACCGACCCAACUGAAGACCAAACUCCCCACUAUCCCCCUCUCUCCCCUCCCCCUCCAAACACCGGCCUCCUCCAAUACGCCGCCCUCCACCUCAUCCAAAAAUCAGACACCCUCAUGCACCUAAGUCUAAUCGAUUUCUUCGAGACGCUCCUCGCUCUCACCCGCAUCUCCCCGGCCUCAGAGGGAAAACUCGAGACCCUGCGGGCCCUAGUGGCUGAGGCGGUGGUGGGGGAUAAUGAGUUGAGGAAUGCGUUAGUGAGCUUGCCGGAGCGGACGGUGGAGGAGGAGGAGGGGGAUUUGAGGGGGUGGUUGGGGGAGGUGGGGGUUUUCCAGGCGGGGGAGAUGGAUGUUGUUAUGCGGUAG